UUGACCGGCCGGUCACACUUGCUCUACUGACAUGGAGCCGCCGACGCUGCUGCUGCUGCCGUUCACUGUCGUCGUCCUCUCGUCCAUCCUACAUGGCACGGGCGCCGCCGCCAACGCACCUCAACGGUUCAACGCCAUCUUCAGCUUCGGCAACUCCUACACGGACACCGGCAACUUUGUCCUCCAGUCCGCCGGCCUCCCCGCCAUCCCCUUCAACCACUCCCCCUACGGCGAGACCUUCUUCCGCAGCCCCACCGGCCGCCCCUCCGACGGCCGCCUCGUCAUCGACUUCAUCGCGGAAGCGCUCGAGAUUCCUCUGCUACCGCCGUUCCUCUCGUGGGCGGGGCGGCCGCAGGACUUCAGCCGCGGCGCCAACUUCGCCAUCGUCGGCGGCACGGCGCUGGACGUGGGGUUCUUCCUCCGGCGCAAUGCGGCCAGCGUGCCGCCGUUCCGGAGCUCCCUGCGCGUGCAGAUCGGGUGGUUCCGCAGGCUGCUGAAACAGUCGCUCUGCAACACUACCGACACCACCGCGGGGUGCAGGGAGCGCCUGGCGAGGUCGCUGUUCGUCGUCGGCGAGCUCGGCAGCAACGACUACGGCUACAUCCUCGCUGGCGGCAAGAGCCUCCAGGAGGCCAAGUCCUUCGUCCCGGAGGUCGUGAAAGCCAUCUGCAGAGGCAUCGAGAGGCUGGUGGAGGAAGGAGCGAGGUACGUGGUGGUGUCGGGGACGCCGCCGGCGGGGUGCAUGCCGAUGGCGCUGGCCAAAUACGGCACGGCGGCGGCGGCGGCCAAGAAUGAAACGGAUCAUGAGCACGAGUACGACCGGCGGACGGGGUGCCUGCGGCGGCUCAACGGCCUGUCGCAGUACCACAACUGGAUGCUGCGGGAGGCCGUCGGGCGCAUGCGCGGCAAGUACCCUGGCGCCAAGCUCGUCUACGCCGACUUCUACCGGCCGGUGGCGCGGCUCGUCCGGCGGCCCGCGAAGUUCGGAUUCACCAAGGAGCCUCUCCGAGCGUGCUGCGGCGGAGGGGGUCCCUACAACUACAAUCCUGAAGCAGCCUGUGGCUCACCCAGCUCCACCGUCUGUGGCAACCCGUCGGCCUACGUGAAUUGGGACGGCAUCCACUUUACAGAGUCGGCCAACAAGUACAUCGCCGACGGCUGGCUGAAUGGUGUUUACGCCUAUCCCUCCAUCCUGAACCUGCUGGCGCAAUAA